CAUAGACAUUCCAUCUCUCUCUCUCUCUCUCUCUCUCUCCAAAUGGGCUGCUGCGGCAACGACGACGACGGCGGCGACGGCGGGGAACCUCCGCACCCUUCCCCUGCCCGGACCCCCGACCUCUCUUCGCCGCCGUCCUCCGCCGCCUCCGACGAUUCCACCAUCUCGCCGAUGAACUCCCACUUCGCCGCCCUCGCCUGCCGCGACACCCUCCGGAUCAUCUUCGAGAAGCUCCCGGUCCCGGACCUGGCCCGCGCGAGCUGCGUCUGCCGAAUCUGGAGCUCGGUCGCCUCCGAUCGGGACAUGGUCACUCGAGCCUUCGCGGCCCCCUGGAGGUUGAAGGAGGUGGUCGGCGUCCCCAGCUCGGGUAGCUUCUGGAGGGAUAAUGGCAUAGGGAAGUUCGCCAUCUCGCAUCGGAUAAAGCGCGGCGAUAGCGUCGCGAGCCUCGCUGUGAAGUACUCGGUUCAGGUCAUGGACAUAAAGCGCUUAAACAACAUGAUGAGUGACCAUGGUAUAUAUUCGAGGGAGAGAUUGUUGAUCCCCAUAAGUAACCCUGACAUUCUUAUUGAUGCCACAUGCUACAUAGAGCGAGAUAACCAUGCAAAGAGGGAAGUUGCUGUGCUUUAUCCAGAAGGUGUCCGGGACAUAGAGAUAAGUUCUUUGUUGAAGAGGACAACCUCUGAACAAGGGAAGAAGAGGAUACUCGACUCGCUUAGGAGGAGCAUGCAGGUUGAUGACGGGACUGCCCAGUACUACUUGUCUAUCUCUGAUGGUGAUCCAAGGGCUGCACUCUCGGAAUUCUCCGAAGACCUUAGGUGGGAGAGACAGGUGGGCUUGGCCUAAAUGAAAUGGUUAGGCAACAUUGUGGCUGCUUUAAUAAGAUGAAAUGAAUGGCAAAGGCACCUUGAAGCGUGGCAUUGGAUUUGGAAUUGAACCUAUUUCUCCAUGUAUAUGAUUAAUCAAUUCCUCCAAGUCGCAUUUGUUUCUAUGCAUUCUUGGGGCGACUUAAACCGUCGAGUAACUUGUUUACCACACUUUGUGGAUACACCAUUGUAUAAUGCACUUGUAAUAUGCAUUUCAUAUGAAAAUAGUGUCUGAAAGGAAGGGUGGUGGUUCUUGUA